UGAGGGAAAGGGCUGAGAGAAGAGCAAGGAGCUCAGGGAAGGACAGGAGCCUGAGGGAAAGGCAGGGACUCAGAGAAGGCCAGGAGGCUGAGGGAAAAGCAGGGGCUGAGGGACAAUCAGGGAUCUGCAGUCACGGCAGCACCACCGUGAGCCGGAGGAGAUGCGGCAGGAGCCGGGCCGCGAGUGACGGCAGCAGGGUCCGGUGCAGGGUGACCCUCUGGGGACACGCCAUGUCCCUGGGCAGCGACAGCGGCCCCGGCAUCGUGCACAGCCUGCUGUGCCACCGGCAGGGAGGGGACAGCGAGGCCUUCGCCCGCCGCGCCAUCCAGAGCCUGCUGAGGAAGCUCAAGGAGAAGAGGGACGAGCUGGACGCGCUGGUGGCCGCUGUCACCUCCGGAGGGGCCCAGCCCGGCCAGUGUGUCACCGUGCAGAGAACGCUGGACGGGCGGCUCCAGGUGGCCGGCAGGAAGGGUUUCCCUCACGUCAUCUACGCGCGGCUCUGGCGCUGGCCCGACCUGCACAAGAACGAGCUCAAACCCGCCCGCUUCUGCCAGUUCGCCUUCGACCUCAAGUGCGACAGCGUCUGCGUCAACCCCUACCACUACGAGCGCGUGGGGACCCCCGGCGGCGGUCUGAGCAUCCCGCGCACAGUGUCCCCCCCGUGCCCGGUGAAGGAGGAGCGUGUCCAUGAGUGUGUGGUGCAGAUGGAGCUGCCGGAGCUGGGGGGGGAGACCCCCGGGUGCCCCCACCGAGCGCUGCCCCCUGAGCCCCCCCGAGUGCCCCCCCGGAGCUGCCUGGAGCUGCCCCAAGCGACCCCCCAGGACCCCCAGGCCCACCCCGAGGGCCCCCCAGCACAGAAUGGGUACCCCAAACCCCCCCAGCACGGUUCCCCGCUGAGCUGGAGCCCUGCCACCAUCUACACCCCGACUCUGGGGGGGCCGCAGCCCCCUCCCCACCACCAUCCCGGCAGCCAGAGCCACCCGCAGCACUGCUGGCCCCCCAUGCUGCAGCCCCCCGUGUCCACCCACCCUGGCCCGGAGUUCUGGUGCUCCAUCGCCUACUUCGAGCAGGACGUGCAGGUGGGGGAGAUCUUCAAGGUGCCCUCGAGCUGCCCCUCGGUGGUCGUGGAUGGAUACGUGGAUCCCUCGGGGGGCGCCCGCUUCUGCCUGGGGCAGCUCUCCAACGUGCAGCGCUGCGCCGCCAGCGAGAGGGCACGGCUGCACAUCGGCAGGGGCGUGCAGCUGGAGCGCCGGGGAGAGGGCGAUGUGUGGAUGCGCUGCCGCAGCGAGCACGCCGUGUUCGUGCAGAGCUUCUACCUGGACAGGGAGGCGGGCAGGGCCCCCGGCGACGCCGUGCACAAGGUGUACCCCGGAGCGCACGUCAAGGUGUUCGACCUGCGGCAGUGCCACCGGCAGAUGCAGCAGCAGGCGGCCACGGCCCAGGCUGCGGCCACUGCCCAGGCGGCCGCGGUGGCCGGGACCAUCCCCGGGGCUGGCUCCGUGGGGGGCAUCGCCCCGGCCAUCGGGCUGUCGGUGGCCGCGGGGCUCGGCGUGGACGACCUGCGGCGCCUUUGCCUCGUUAGGCUGAGCUUCGUUAAGGGCUGGGGGCCCGACUACCCCCGCGCCAGCAUCACCUGCACGCCCUGCUGGAUCGAGGUGCACCUGCACCGCGCCCUGCAGCUGCUGGACCACGUCCUGCACGCCCUGCCCGACGCACACGCCUGAAUCCUGCAAGGAAUGCCAAAAAAAAGGGGGGAAAAAACGAAGCGAAAUGGCCAAAAAACGAAGCAAAAUGGCAAAAAAAAAAAAAAAAAGACCAAAAAUGUGUUGGUUUAAUGUUAUUUAAUUAAUUGGAUCAAGGCUUGUGGUCUGGGUGUAGUGCAGCCCUCAGUGCUGAU